GACGACGACUAUUACUACGGCGACGGCGGCGGCGGCGACUACGACACCGACACCGCCACCACCACCUCAACCGACGCGGCCGCGCUUCCUCGUCCACAUCAACCGCCGCGCUCCCUCGACCACCUCGGCUGUGCACCUCGUCGGCGGCAGUAGUAUCCGCGUCACCGGACAUAACGUCCGUCCGCCGGUUGUGUCCGCUCGCGUCUUUUGCCGCGUAUAGUAUAUAUAUAUAUCACUAUACAUCAUACACGACGUGCUUUCAUCGUCGUUGUGCCAUUAAACCCGUAGUGCUGCAGUAUAUGUAGGAUAACGUCUAGCGAAAUUACCCUUAUAAUAUAUAUAUAUAUAAUAUUAUAAGAGUGUGCGUUGGGUGCGUGUAAACACACGGACAACAGUUGUCUUGCGUGAGACCACAAUAAUUGUUUUCAGCAGAACACGACGACGGGGUGCAAGUUGUGUGUGCGAAAACCGUGAACGUUUUCUCUUACCUUAUAUAUAUAUAUAUAUAUGCCUUUUUAUAUAUAUUGAAUAUUUAUUUAUAUUAUCCAUCGACAUUACACAACACGGCACGUGCGAGGAAUAUCCGGCAUCGCGUACCAUCGACUCUAAAUGAGUUACCGUCGGAUGCAACAGCGGCGUAGGAGGGCAAUCGUCUCGUGUUCCACAAAUACAUCGUUCCCCCGGUGCACUGGCGGUGGCUGUACGACACCGACGCGAACAGCGGCUUCAGAGGGUGGUAGGUAGUGCGUAUGCAUCAGCAUCCGCGACGAUCUCGUCAUAAUCGGCUGAGACAACCGGCGCGUUAUAUACACGCACACUAUUGCUCACGACGCAACGCUUAGUGCUCAAUGUAAUUGUAACUAAACCAAUUUCAAUCUCAAAUAUAAUUUAAAUACAAAAUAUAAAUAUUAUUAAUAUUAUAUGCGAUCGCCGUAAAUAUACACGCGUGCAAUAUAGGCCUAGUACAUAAUACACACCGCAGCGCCUUUCCAGUGCCUAUAAUAUAAUAUUCAUACGGAGUCCACACCGAGCGUUUCGAUGGACAACCAAAACAACAGCAACACUACCACUUUCCUGCCACCACCCAUCGACGGUGAGGCGUCGGCGCCGCUCGCGCAACCCGACGACGAUUUCGUGGUGCCCCUUUCAGCGGCCGGUACCCCCAAUACGCCGGCCGAUGACGGUGGCACUGGAUCUACUGUGUCGCCCGUGUCUCCCGUCCACCUCAACCGUCAACAACACGGCGCAAUGAUGAUGGACGACGACCAGGCGGCCAACACUGUAGCUGAAGGCGGUGCGACGGACGACAGUUCCGUGCUGUUGCCGCCGCCCGACGAGACGGAAAACGAAGAGAAACCGAACAAAGACAACGCGGACGACGAAGACAACGGCGGUGACAACAACGGCGAGGCCGCCGACGACGAUGACCAGGUGCCGGUUCUGGCCAUGUCGGGUAUUCUACCGGCCACGGCUACUGGCGGUGGCCCGAUUUCGGACUCGAAGAAAACCGCCGGCGGACCGAACGACUCGCUGACUGGCGGUGGAACCGGGACCGGAAACGGAGAAAAUAAAUCCAAAGAGAAAACACGUUAUACGACCGGCAGCGGCACAGGAACCGGGACGGAUGCGGAAGAUUCCGGAACAAACAAUCCGCAGGCGGCUUUGGGAUGUGGAACUACGUUUGAGUACGUAGUACUGGUAACGGCGUGCUCAAUUUUGCUACUGGCUGUCACCGGCACCACCGUCUACUGGACAAUGGCCUACCGAGGAGGAUACGACACCAAUUGGUUUCCCUGGCCACCGCUGACCCCGAAGCAAAUGUUAUCCGGCGGUGUAUUUACUUAUAAGCACCCCCCGCAAAACUUCACUACCAGCGCCAGCGACAUUAGUACGACAGUUGCAACGACCACAGUGGAACAGCAACAAUCUUCACAGUUAAACAUAUCGUCUUCAAACUUUUCAAUCGAAGAUCGGCGUUUCAACCUUCACCCGACUCUGAUGACGAUCGGUUUGGUCACUUUAACCGGAUUCUCUAUAUUGGUGUACAGAAUGGCCGCUGGAUGUUCGACUUCGUGCAGGGGUACUUACGUGAAAUUAACACACAUACUAUUGCAUAUUGCCACUGCACCGUGUAUUUUGUUGGGAGCUGUGGCCGCCAUGGAAUAUCAUCGUUUGAAAGGCUUGCCGCAUAUGUAUUCGUUACACAGUUGGAUGGGAUUAUUGACCUUUAUACUUUUUACAAUUCAGUUCAUCCUUGGAUUUUUCACUUUCGUUUUGCUGUUGUGUUGCCGUGGAGCAACUGCUGUGUGUCGCUUACGAUGCUUUGCGCCCAUACACGCCACCCUGGGACUGUGCACGUUCACUCUGGCCAUAGCUACUUGUCUCACCGGACUUCAGCAACGCGCCGACUUCUCGAUAUUCAGCAAUAAUAAUGGAGGCGGCGAAAAGACAUUAUCUGAGUUGAUCAAACAGAAGUUAUACUUGAACAAGGAACCGGUAGUGGUUAAUGUGCUGGCCGUCUUGCUGGUAUCCGUGUUGAUAAUUGUGUCGUACAUGGUACGCCGAGAGUCGCUGAAGCGAAGGCCCAACAACAAACCAUCGUACACGGCGACAGUCAGUCCACUACGCAUAAAAUCUUCGUCGUCGUCGACCGGAAAGUUUGGAUCGGGAAAGCAAUCGUCGCAGCCUCCGGUUUGAGGAACAUAAAUACACAUUCCGCAACGAUUUCUGCCAUCACUUCUAUAUUUAAUACAAACAAAAUAAAAUUAAUAACAAAAGUACAACAAAUUGUCAUCGUCGUAUAAUCGGUCUUAUACAAAUACUAUAUUUAUAAAUUAUAGAAAUAAUAUACAUUCUAAAAUUUGUUUCUCCUAUAUCAUCGCAACCAGCCUACAUUUUCAUUUCCAUUUUCAUAUUUAUUUAUUUUUUAUCUAUAAUAAGUUAUAAGUACACUAUACAACAUGUUAACAUUCAUCGACCGUGACAUUGCGCAAUUAUUAAUGAAAGCUCUAAGUAAUAUUAACAUUAUUAUCUCUGUGUUCCACAUUCCUAUUUGUCUUCCUAUUUCCACAUUUAUUUUUAGAUAGGUACUAUUAUGCGUAUGUUUAUUUUUGUGAAUAUGACAAAUUUCUAUAACUUACCGACAUUUAAGUAAUACUCCAGUUCGAGUAACUAUAUUAUAUUCACACGUGUACCUAUAGUUAAUAGUAUACUAGGUAAUAACCUACAUAAUAAAGUAGUUAGACAAUGAUACAGUUAAAUGGAAUCGACUUUUUUUUAAAUAUCGCGUCAUUUAUACUAUUUAUGUUUAUGUUUAUACACGCACUUGUACACUCGCAUGUGUAAUAAUGUGUGUGUACGCGUGUGUUAGAUUACUAAAUUUUAAUUACCUAUGGUUUUUUUUUUACAACAACUUACCUAUUUGAUAAAUGUAUAGGAUUAAGAAAAAAAAA